AUGGGCAGAACAGAUUACAGCUCAGUAACCCCGUACGAUGACCGGCCGUGGCACGCGUUAUGCUCAUCAGACGGAGAGGAGGGAGAGGACGACGACAUAAAUGUAUGGCAAGACGGCCCAGAGUUGCCAUCCCCGUACGACAGCGGCGACGAACCGCUAAUUGGCCACUUCCGCGAUGUAGACUACACCGGUCCAAGUAAGCCCCUGAGUGAUACUCGAAGCAAGGCCCCUAGCGAGCCACCAAGCGAAGAAAGCAUGAGAAAACCCGAGGCAGAGGAAUCCCAAUGCACAGACAACAGUGAGGACACUCUUGACGGGAUCACCAACUCGCUAUCUAUCGCCUCCCGCAACCUAACCAGAAUAUCCCAGUUCGUGCUUAAGCUCGAAGCUCGCGCAGGCAAAGCCACGAAGGAAGGGAUCCGGCAAACGCUCGACGCGACGGUGCAGGACAAUAAUUAUGAUCGCAGCAACACCGACGGGGCUGACGUAGACUUCGAGGCCGAAAUCGCAGAGAUUGAACAUCUAACCGAGGGUAUAUGGCAGCGUCUAUACCUCGUAGACCGACACUGGCGACGACAAGCGCGCGAGACAUCCGACGAGAACGGAAAGAGUCCUAAACUCGAGCUUGAGAGCGAGCCAAACAUCAAGGCCUGGGUGAAUAUCGAGCUCCGGACAAACCACCUCGCGCCCGAGGACACGUGCUUCUACACCGUCGCGGACCUGGCGGAUGGCCGUAGCUUCCGCGAUUGGUUGAAAUAUAUGAAGAAGCAGUCUGGGUUCGGAGAUGACCCGAGCGACGAGGCCAAGUGCGUCGACUUGGCGUGGCGUUUCCUGGACCGAAACCUCAAAGUUCAGCGACAGGUGGGCUCCUCGAAGAUUGAAGAGUUUGUGCUCGACCUUGAGGAUAAGCACCGGUGCGGCGAAUUUGACGAGGCUCUCAAGCACCCGAAGAAGCAGGUGGAGGAUGACGAGGACGCGUGGAAGGCUAUAAAGAAAUAUUGGUCUUCGAGAAUUUCGCAUUGA